AUGAAAAUUACCUUGGCAAUAUUGAUCCUAUUGCCAUUAGUAUUCAGUCAAAACAUUGUUGUGUCUCCUUCGACAGCAUGUAAAUGCUAAUAAUUUUUAAGCGAAAAUGGAUGUAAUAAUAAUACACUUGGAUAAUGUUAAUGGAAUCAAAAGAAUUAGAUAUGUUAAUAAGCAUCAUGUGGAAAUAUUUAAUCAUAAAAUGAUUGUUUGAUUUCUAAAAAAAAUUGUUAUUGGAAUGGUCAAAGUUGUGCUGCUUUUACAUCUUGUACUAAAUUAACUUCCAAAAUUGGUUUGAUAUGUCCAUAAUAAAAUAUCUCUUGUUAUGGAUCAAAUACUAAUUAAUGUUAAAGUAUAUCUUCGUUACCAAAAUGUAUAACUUUUCAAAUAGGAACUUGUGGUUAAUAAGGAGGUUAUGCUGGAUCGGAUGGAUUAUGUACUUGGGAUACUAAUCUUAAAGAAUGUAUUGUGGCCACUAAUUGCAGUUAACUAUUAAAUCAAUAGGUUUGUAAUACUUAUAUUUAAAAUGCUUGUAUUUGGGAUUUAAAUAAUGGAGUUUGUACUUAAGCUACAUGCACUUAAUUAUAAGAUUAAUAAAGUUGUAAAUUUUUUGUUGCAAACUUGGAUCCAAAUCAAAUUUAUCCAUGUUUUUAUUAAUAUAAUUAAUGUGUAGAUGCUUCAUAAACAUUAUUCUAAACUUAAGAUUAAUGUUAGACUAAUACUUUAUUAAAUUACAGAUGGGUAGGAACUUAGAAAGAUGGUAUUUGUGUAAGUUGUACUUAAUAAUUAUUUGAACCUGCUAAUAAAUGUGCUUGUGAAUAAUUCAUGCUUGAAACAGCAUGUAAUUCAUCAUAAUAUUGUUAAUGGAUUUAAAAUAGUUGUUAAGAUAUUCAAUGUAAUUAAAUUAAUAAUUAACUAUAAUGUAGUAUGAAUAAAAAUUGUUAUUGGAAUUUAUAAUCAUAGAAUUGUUAAAACUUUUAUAGUUGUAAUUAAUUAAUAGCAGUAAAUUUAUUAACUUGUAUUACUUAAUCUAGAAAUUGUCCAAAUUAUAUGUAUUAAACUUGUUAUUCUUCUUAUGGUUUAUGUAGUUAAAUUUAUUAAUCAUAAUGUGAUGGAUCUAUUACAAAUGAAGGAAUUUGUUAUUUUAAUGAAGCCAAAUAAGUUUGUUAAAGUCUUUAAUCUUGUACAGAUAUAAUUGAUGAAAAUAUAUGUAAUCAAAUUUCAAGAUUAUGUUUAUGGUCUACAGUUAAUAAUAAGUGUUAACAAUUAACAUGUUCAAAUGUUAAAUAGUAAAAAUAAUGUACUUUUGUGUUCAAAAAUUUGAAUGGAACAGAUAUACAAAUAUGUGAAUGGACUAAUAAUUCUUGUUCCAAUGCUAAAAAUAUAUUAAAUCUAAAUGAGGCACAAUGUAGUUCUAAUUCUCAAUUUACUUAUAUGUAUACAGGAUCAAAAUGUGUAAAAUGCUUUUAAGCAUCUAUCAUAUUACCUGAAUAAUGUUCUUGUUCCUAAUUAUAUUUAGCAUAAGAUUGUUAUGCUAAUCCAUUAUGUAAUUGGAAUGGUUAAAUUUGUAAGUUGUAAAAUUGCUUAUCUAUAACUAAUUAAGAAUUAUGUGUUCAAAACAUUUACUGUCAAUGGACAGAAUAUGGUUGUUCUGACUUUUAAACAUGUUUUGGAUUAUUUGGAUCAACACCUAAAGAUUGCAUAUCUCAAUCAAUUAACUGUCCCUAUAGUGAUGGUGUAAGAUGUUAAAAUAAAUACUACUAUUCUCCUUGCCAAAGUUUUACAUAGGUUUCAUUAUGUACUAAUUAAUUGGGAAGUGAUGGUCUUUGUAUUUGGAAUAAAACAAGUAGUAGUUGUUAAGUCUUAUCAAAAUGCAACCAAAUCUUAAAUUCUACUUAUUGUGGAAUAUAUGAAUAUGUAUGUAAUUGGUCAAAAGAUUAAUGUAAUUAAUCUACAUGUAGCACUUUUACAACUCCAGAAUAAUGCAAAUUUUAUUAUUAAUCUCUUAAUUCAUUUACUCCUAUUGGAUGCAAAUGGAAUAUAACUACUAAUGUUUGUGAAUAAAUAGGUUCUAUGUUAACAGCAUAUAAUAGUGCUAAUUGUUAUUCAAAUACUGCUAAAACAGCUAGAUGGAGUUAAACAUUAAGUUAUAAUGGUGUUUGUAUUAGUUGUGGAGUUAAAUAUAUACCUAAUCCUUUUAAAUGCAGUUGUCAAUAACUUAUCUCAUAAAUAAAUUGUAUUUAGAAUUCAUUAUGUUAUUGGAGUCAAACCUCAAAAUCUUGUUAAGAAUAUGAAUGUUCAGCCUUACCUGAAAACUUAUGCGUAACUAACAUGAAAUGCAUGUGGACAACAAAAGGUUGCACAAAAUUCACUUCAUGUAGUCAAAUUAAAGGAGAAUCAUUAGAUGAAUGUUUAUCAUAUUCAUUAUACUGUCCUUAUAAUCCUGGAUUAAAGACUUGUUCAAGUUUAAAAGAUUUUCCUGAAUGUGAAGAGCAUAAAACAUAAGAUACUUGUGUUGGUGUGUAUGGUACAGGUAAAAGUAUUUGCGCCUGGGACUAUCGAAUUUAAAGAUGUACUAAAUUUCACUCUUGUGGAGGAUUGGGUUAAUUAAGUUGUGAAUAAUUUUCUUUAUAUUGUGCAUGGAUUAACACUACUUAUUAUGGUUUUUGUUAAGAGAGAACAUGUGCUAAUUAUAAAACAAAAUAUUCUUGUACAUAUGUUUUAAGCAUAACUGAUCCAAAUUUAAUUUAACCUUGUUAAUGGUAGAAUGGUGUAUGUCAACCUAUCAUUAUUCAAUAAGCAACAGAUGCUAAUACAUGUUUUACAAAUUCAAAUGGAACAAGUCGUUGGACUUCAGAUUCCUAAACAACAGGAUUUUGUGUUCCUUGCAAUUUACCAUCAUAUGCUGUUCAAUAUGAAAAUAAAUGUUCAUGUUCAUAAAUACUUAAUUAAAGUGAAUGUAAAUAUCCAUUUUGUAAUUGGUCAAAUAAUUAAUGUGUUCAAAAUUCAUGUACAAAUAUUUAAAAUUAAUUUGAAUGUUCAUAAUAAAGAUAUUGUUAUUGGUAGAUUAGUUAAAAUAGAUGUAAUCAAAUAUAGAUAUAAUUGAAUUUCUGUACAACAUUAAAAGGAAAUUCAUCUUUGGAAUGUUUAGCUUAAAGUAUUAAUUGUCCAACUACUUUGAAUGGAGUAUGUUAAGAUAGGUCAUAUUUAUAAACAUGUAGUAGUAUAACCACUCAAGCAGCAUGUGCUAAUAGUAUUGGAUAAGAAGGCUAUUGUACAUAUAAUAAUUAAGCAUGUCAUGUAAUUUCUUCAUGUUCUUCAAUUUAAACUUAUAAUUAUUGUGUUGGAUUACAACAUUUUUGUAUUUGGAAUACUACAAUUAAUGAAUGUACUACAAUAACUUGUUCUAGUAUAUCUGAAAAAGAAAAUUGUACUUACAUAUUUGAAAAUUUAAAUAGUUCUUCAAUCAAAUUGUGUGAAUGGAAUGCAGCUACAACUUAAUGUCAAAAUGCUACAUCAACUACUUUGACUAAUAAAACAAUUGAUAGUUGUCAUUUAGAAACUGGAGGAACUUAUCAUUGGUCAAAUACUUAAAAUAAAGGAUAUUGUAUAUCAUGUUCAUUGGAUCUUAUUAAAUUACCUAAGACUUGUUAGUGUGAUUAAUUAACUAAUAUUGAAUGUUUAAGUUCUGUGCCAAAAUGUAAAUUAAAUGAUUCUGGUAGUUGUAAAUAAAAUGAUUGUGUAAACAUCUUUGAUUAAGGUAAUUGUUCAACUCUACCAUCAUGUAUGUGGUCAAAUUAGGCUUGUGUAUAAUUUACAUCUUGUUCUAAUCUUUCAGGAGCAACAGCUUUGGAUUGUCUAGCCUAAUCAACAAAUUGUCCAGGUUUGUCAAAUGGUAUAUGCAAAUCUAAAUCAUAAUUAAGUUCUUGUAGUUCUUAUCAAACAGCAAGUUAAUGUACAUUAGGUAUUCCAUCAUCAGAUGGAUUUUGUUACUGGAAUAAUAAUGGAUGUUAAUAGAUGGUUAAUUGUGAUGCAAUAACUUAAUUAACCUAAUGUGAUGCACUUUAUAGAAUAUGCACAUGGAGUAAUUCAUUUAAUAAAUGUGUUCCAUUUAAAUGUCAGGAUUAUAAGAAUUAAGAUUAAUGUACAUUUGUGAUUGUAAAUUUCAAAAAUUCAUAUAUUGAAUUAUGCGAAUGGUAGAAUAAAGUGUGUUAAUAAUAUACUGAUAAAUACUUUAGAUUUGAUGAAAAUACAUGUUAUUAAAAUUCAGGACAUACAUAUAGUUGGGUUUCAGAUGAGGGACAUGGAUCUAGAUGUUAAGAAUGUUAUUCUUUAUUGAUAGCAUUUACGAUUGCAAUAUAUUUAAUUGCUUUUUGA